AUGCACAAGUCAUUUGAUGAUAAGAGAAUUGUAAUAUUAAAACCGAAGACAUAAAUUCAUGAUGACAAGAAGAGAUAUAAUAGCGUAGAUCAAGCUAGAUAGCAUCUCAAAGAUGUUAUACAAAAAAGCAAGAUUCAUUAGAAUCAAGCUAGGUAGAGGGAAUUUGAAAUCCUUAAAAAUGAGAUCCUUAGGAGAGACCAUUCUAAGACCAACCACUUAGAUACCUUAAAUGAAUAAUUAUACGAUUCACUUAACAAUUCUAACUCAACGUAAAAAAAUUAGUCUACUCUGAGGAAGUUUAACGGUGGCACUUGUUCUUAUAAAAUGCCUUAGAUUAAAGUCAGUUCUAAUGAGGAGGUAUUCAAUAAUCUCAAGAAAUUAUUGGUUGAUUUGAAAGGAAAUACUGAUCCAACAAAGCUUAUGAAGUUAAAGCAGAAAAGAAAACUUCAAUUGGAUCUAGAAAAUGACUAAUCUUAUUCACUUUUACCCUAAAUUGUACUUGAGGAGAAGAAAAAGGAAAUCUAAGAAAAAGAGUAAAAACAAAUUGAAAAAUCGAUUAACCAAUUCAAAACUCUUAAAGACCUCAAUGAGAGUCUGUUAAAGCUUCCUUUCUACUAAGCCAGAACUUCAAAUAAUUCUCCAACUGGAACGCUUUAGUAUGAUCAAGUGAGUCUGCAGAAGUUCUAUAAGUACAAGGUAGAUUUAAAAGAUAAGGAUGGAUUUUAUGUUAAUGUGAGAACAUGCAACGAUGAAAAAUUAAUCAUAUACUUGGGAGAAGGAGCUUCCUUUGUCAAGAUAAAUGAAAAUUUGGCUUAAUAUAUUGGUGGCUUAAGUGUCAAACCAAAUACUGAGAUUCUAGAGUUUGAGAUUACAUUGAAUUAGGUAACUUGGAAAUCAAUUAAACAGCCAUACUUCAAAGAUAAUUCAUCUUUGGAUUAAUCCUACCUUUUGAAAAGAAAUGGUCACACUUGUAUGUUCUACAGAGAUAAAAUCUUAAUAUUUGGAGGAGAAAAGGGAAAGGAAAUUGGUCCAAGUUUAAGGGAUCUAAUGAAUGAUCUAUUGAUACUUGAUCCAGCAACUAAUGAGAUAUACAGAUAGUUGUAUGAUAGAGCAGCCCUCUAUAACAGAAUGUAUCAUUGCUCUUUUAUUAUUGAUGACUUUCUUUAUAUUUUUGGAGGGCAAACAAAUGGUGGCAAGCCUCUUGAUGAAUUAGUUGAGAUAGAUUUGAAAUCCUAUCAAUUCAAAAAGCUAGAGAUAGUAAAUCCUUCUCUUAUUGGCCCAAUCACUAAUACACAGUGCUGUCCUGUAUUUUAUCCUUCUAGAUAUCUUGGUGAUGGAAGACUUUCAUACAAAAAGAUAUCAUAAUAAGUAAACUGGAGUGAAUCUGAGCAUUACAUAAAGCAAGAAGGAAUUUAUAUGUAUGGAGGAAGGAACAAUGAAAACAUUGCUAACCCCAAUAUUUAUAUAAUGACAAUCACAUUUAACUAGUAAAAUAAGCCCAUAAGAUAAUUCCUUUAGCCUUAAUGCUAAGGUUAAUAUCCACCUGGCCGUUAUAUGCAUUCUAUGGAAUUUUAUCAAGAGGGUAACUUUAUUGUAAUUGCUGGUGGAAGAAAUGAUGCGCUUGAAACCUCUAAAAUAAUCUUGGAUGAUAUUUGGAUUCUGAAGCUAAAUAGCCUCGAAUGGCAAAAAGUCAUUAUUAAUUAAUAUGAUCCAGGCUCUAAACUCAUCAUAGCUGGAGGAAUCGGUAAAGACUUCAAACUACUUAAGGAUUAUUAAGAAAUAGAAUUGGAUUAGAGUAAAAUUAAGAAGAGGUUUCCAACCGUGAAGAAUCAAAGUCUUAUUAAAACUAUUAACAGUGGAGUAAAGAUUAAUUUGCACACUCAAAAUUAAUCAAUCAAAUUCUUCAUGUCAUAAACUAAGAGAGUUACUGAUCUAAAUAUUGAUCUGAUUUGUGAGAAGCUUUCCUUACUAAAUCAAGAUCAGCUUGAGACUGAGUUAGCUAGCAUCUUAAGAGAACCAAAGAGAUAUCUGAUUCACUCCAUAGUGAAAAAUGUACCUAAAGAUGUGAUCUUGGACAUUUUAGCCUAGACCAUUCAAAUCUAAUUCAUAGGUAAUAGUAAUUUGUUUUAACUUAUUUUAGGAGGCAUGCCUGUUGUAGGUGAUGAGUAGAAAAAGAAGUCUGCUGGAGGAGUAUUCUUAACUUUACUUAAAAAGUCAAAUUUGAUAAGUUCUGAUUCUAUGAAAAAGAUAAAAAAUCUUUAGAAGUAGCAGUCUAAAGAGAAAAGGAUUGCUCUGAGAAUGAUUGAUUGUCUUGAUAUUGAUAGAAUUAAGAUAACAAAAGAAUUGCUGGAGUAAAGUAAUCAAUAGAUGAAGGUUGACUCAGAAACUAAAUAAACUGAUAUUUGUUAAAAUUAGGAGUAAAAGCGAGAAAGAUUGAAACUCGAAUGA